AUGGUCAGCACAGGUGGAAUUGCCUGCAAGGAGCCGCGAGCAGAGUCCAGACAAACUCCAGACAAGGGGCUAGGGCUAUUCGCAACAUCCCAGAUACUGCCCAGGGACAACAUCUUCGCAAUUAUCGCCAACUUCGCCACCGUCUUGGAUACUGCGAGGCUGCAUGAUACGUGCUCAAAUUGCUUCGUCACGGUAGGUGACGAGUUAAAUCCUGACUUGUCAUUGAAAGCGUGUGCUGGCUGUCAUGUUGUUAAGUAUUGCGGUAAGAAAUGUCAAAUCGAAAGCUGGGCUGCAUCGCACAAGAAAGAAUGCAAGAUAUAUAAACAGUGUCAGCCAAGGAUUCUGCCAAUGAAUGCAAGGGCUAUUCUUAGAAUAAUUUCUCAGCCGGACAAUAAGGUUUCGAAAGAAAUAUAUGAUACCCAUCAUGCAGUGUUCCGAACGCUUGGACACCACUUUUCCAAGAUGGACGAGAGGGGUGGCGAGCAGGCCCAUAGGAUUACUGUUAGCGCAGAAGCAUUGAAGGCAAUUUCUAACACGGAGGUUGAGUUAUCCACCCUUGUGGUCUAUUUUGCAAAGUUGGAAACCAAUGCUUUUACCUUAACAAACCAAUAUUUUGAUCGAAUCGGAUUGUGCUUGCUUCCAUUUGCGGCAUACAUAAAUCACAGUUGCGAGCCAAACGCGUAUAUUGGAUUCGACGGACAAGUGAUGUAUUUGAAGGCGUUGCAGGAUAUUGCUCCAGAUGAGGAAAUAUUCAUCUCCUAUACCGAUAAUACCGAGCCGCUCAAAACACGCCAAACUGAACUCCAACUACGGUAUUUUUUCGAGUGCAAGUGUCCUAAAUGUCUAAAAGGAACUUCAGCGCGUGAAGACCAGUUUCUCACGCCAGGGGGACCUUCUUGUCCCUCCCAAGAGAGGGAGGCACGUGAACUUCUCGCAAAGAGUAAGACACAGGGCGAAACAGUGAGAACCUCAGUUCAAAGAAUAGAAGAAGCAUUUGGCCUGCUGCACGCUACUAAAUGUUGGCCUAUAACUCGCCAACCCCUCCCGCAACUUCUUGAUGAAUUUAUCGUGAAUCUACUGGAGGCUAAUUGCUACAAAUCCGCGUUCCUGGCCGCUGUUAUCCGGUAUCUCCAUAUCGACCCCGUCUUAUAUCCUAGCCAACUGCACCCUAUCCGCAAGCGGAAUACAUGGGCCCUCGCAAAGCUUCUCCGGUGCAUCAAUCAAUCCCAAGAUCACGAUGCAAGCCCUCCAACUCCGCAUCUUGACCAGCUCCAGCCCGACUUUGCAUGGAUUUGGUACGCUUUGCUCCAUGAACUUGUGGAGACAUACGAUGAUACACAAGGUCUUCAGCUUUUGCUGAACGCAGAGUAUCAGUCGAUUUGCGACGACAUGAUGCACCAUGGGAUCGACUUUAACACAGCCGACGGACGCCGAAAAAACAAGAUGGCAAUUACGAGCGCAUUGCAAAACUUGAGACGAGUGGCGGACGAGGAGCUGCCAAGGUUAAAUAACAAUGGUUGGAAAGUAAUUGGAACUUAUUUAAGUGAUGCAGAAUAAUUAUCUUCUCUAAACAACAAAGAUACCCAUUCUCAAUAACCUAUAUUCCUGUAAUCGUCUCACGUUGAUCUUAAAAUUAAUAGUUAAUUGGGAUUAAAAACACGCUUCGCUAUGCAAAAGAAUCAGCUUAAAGAAAACAGGCUUAAAGAAAACCGCACUAAAAAUAGAGGAAGGGCGAAAAAUCCGGCACAAACAAUUUCUAAAGAAAAGCAAUUAAAAAGGACUUAAGCCAUAG